CUUUACACCAGACGUGUGCAUUUUGGACAUGCGCAGGAUUUAAAGACGUUUUUAAAGCAUUUCACAGAGACUGCUCCUGUACUGCAGGUUUCUGUCAGGUUCGCUGCAUCCUGUAUGUAUCCGUGGUCACAAAAUUAGAAUUGGAACCUUGGAAUCAUGAGCUGUUAUUAUUCUGAAAUGUGGAAUCAAAACAUUCCCGAGUAUAAAAGCUGAUCUGCAUCAAGACAAUCCACAUUCAGAUGAAAGCUGUACAUUCAGUAGCUCUGACCUGCAUACAAACACUGGAUAGAACAUGAGUAAACAGGAAGAAGAGAAGGGAAUGGAGAGGAAGGUAGACGGGAUGUCCUGCAACAUCAAUGAGCUGCGGUUAGAGAAGAAGCUCUGUGACGCAGUCAUCGUGGUGGACGGCGCCGAAUUCCACGUGCACAAGAUCAUCCUGUGCGGCUGCAGCCCAUACUUCAUAGCUCUCUUCACCAACGGCGGGUACCCUCCUGAUAAGCCCAGGUACAGCAUCCCUAACGUUUCCGCCGAGAUAAUGGAGCUGAUCGUGGAGUACGCGUAUAUAAGACGUGUUAACAUCACAGAGAUAAACGUGUGUAAGCUGCUGAUCGCUGCUGAUUAUCUGUUGGUGAACAGCCUGGUGAACGACUGCUGCACGUUCCUGAAGGCUCAGCUGUAUCCCGAGAACUAUGUUAAGAUCUGGCAUUUAGCUCACUCCUACUUCUGCGAGAAGUUGAAGCAGCAGGCCUUCCGGUUUAUCUUGCACCACUUUGAGGAGAUGGUGCGGCUCUCUGAGGACUUCCUGGACCUGACGGUCGAGCAGCUGAGCGAGAUAAUCGAGAAGGAUGAACUGAACGUGAAACAGGAGAGCGUGGUGUUUGAAGCCAUCUUACAGUGGAUCAAACAUGCGCCAUGGAAACGGAAAGCGCACAUAGGAGUGUUACUGCCCAGGGUGCGUCUGGGGCUACUGACACACGAUUACCUUAUGAACAAUGUGAGCAACAACGUUUUAGUGAUGGACGACAUGACAUGUAAGCCAAUCGUCACCAGAGUUCUGAUGGGCAUCGAUGACCUCAACCCGAGCCUUCCCCUCAGCUCUGAUCUCCAGAGACUCCGCCUGCCCAGCGCCGUUCUGCUGGCCAUCGGUGGCUAUGGCCACAAGAAUCUCAAUACAACUCAAUACAACUGUACAAAUGUUUGUACAAGAAACAUAGAAGCGUAUGAUACGCGAGCAGCGCGCUGGGUCAACGUCACAUGCAACGACGAGAGUCCACGAGCCUAUCAUGGGACAGUGUAUCUGAAUGGCUUCGUGUACUGCAUCGGAGGAUUCGACAGUGUGGGUUUCCUCAACAGUGUGAGAAGGUUUGACCCCAUCACCAGAACCUGGGCUCAGGUGAACCCCAUGCACUCUUGCCGGUGUGACGUGAGCGUGUGUGUGCUGGACAGUCGUAUCUAUGCGAUGGGAGGAUUUGAAGGCUUCGAACAUCUGAAUACAGUAGAGCGAUAUGAACCUGAGAAUGAUCGGUGGUGCAUGAUCGCGCCGAUGCACGAACCAAGGAGUGACUCUAGCGCUACAGUACUGAACGGCAAAGUGUACAUAUGUGGAGGGUUUGACGGGAACGGGUGUUUGUUCACGGGGGAGUAUUACAGUCCUCAGACGGGAGCGUGGACCCUCAUCACCCCCAUGAUGAUCAGAAGGCGUGGACUGGGCGUGGUUGCGUACGGAGGAUGGGUUUACGCUGUCGGGGGAAAUGAUGGUGUUAAUCAAAUAAGCAAUGUAGAGGUGUAUAAUCCUCAGACCAACGUGUGGACACAAGGUCCAGCCAUGAACAACAAGCGCAGCAACUUUGGCAUUGAGGUGCUGGACGAUCUCCUGUUCGUUGCUGGAGGAGAUAACGGCUCUACCUCCAUGGAUGAAGCGGAGUGUUAUGAUAAGCAGACUUCUGAAUGGCAUGCAAUCGAAAACAUGGGGAUUUCUCACCGUGGUCUGAGCUGCUGUGUGCUGUCUGGUUUACCCAACAUGGCAGAUUACGCUGCUCCCCGAGACGAUCCCUACAGAGUCCCUCAGAGCUCACAGAGCACCAGAGGCUACCUCACACCUCCUGCCAACGUCUGAGACGUACAAAUAAACCUCCUUCAUCAGCAUCCUUUUGUUCUCAAGAAUCAAAUUAACCACUCUGAAGCAGUCAAACUACUGAAUUUGCCUUUUGUUUCCCCUCUUAUGCUGCAAGCCGUUGUACUGAAACUCGUAAAACCACAACGUCCCUCAUGGAGACGUGCGAUAGAACAGUCCUGAGAGCUCUCACACACACACGUACACAUACCUGAGAUCACAAUGACAUGGCGGCGCUCAUGUGGUCAACGCUAAACAGAAUUCCCUUCACGUUAUUUUCUGUGUGAUGAAACUCGACUUUGAUGACUUGUAGCUUUUAUGUCAUAAGUUUAAGUUUGUGACGUAAUUCCGCUGAUUAUAGCCCAAAUUCAGUAAUGUGAUCAAAUCACUGUAACGGAUCAUUUUUACGAGCAAAGUUGAAGACAGGGGACGACGAUUAUACAUCAUUUCUCUCUGUGCAUCACAGGAAUAAUUCAUGUAGGUCUUAUUAAUAUGUUUAUCAAACUCAAAUAUGACCUUGCUCAGAGUAUCCACCAGUAUUUCUGAGCCGGAACGCCUUUAGAUCGGAACGCCGGAAAACUGGUUCUGUACUUUCAGAGCUCGAGUACAACAGAGUGCAGCAUUAAUACCAGCAGAUCCACAGCAAUAGACUCUCGGAUAAUACUAUAUACACACCAGGUUCAAUUACACUACAAUCAAACAAGAAAAAAAAAACAUGGAUUAGGAAAAAAGGACAUAAAAUAAUGACAAAGAGUAAAGGAAAAGGAGAGACAGAAUGUGUGUGUGUGAGAGAGAGGAUGAGAGAGAGAGAAUG